CCAGUUCUCNUCAAGGUGUUUCUUAGAAAGCUAAAGAAAGCUAUCGCCAAAGAAGAACCAGACACUGCUCAAAGACUAGAAGACAACAAACCAAUUUACAAACUUGAUCACAUUCUUAAGGAGAGGUACCCAACAUUCAUUGAUGCUGUUAGAGACUUGGAUGAUGCUCUGUCCAUGCUUGUCUUAUUUUCCUCAAUGCCACAGACCGAUAAAAUUCAGGCUGAUGUGGUAAAACAGUGUAAAAGAUUGUCAGUUGAAUUUCAGCACUAUAUAAUCGCUUCAAAGUCUCUAAGAAAGGUUUUUCUUUCAAUAAAAGGAGUAUAUUUUCAAGCUGAAAUUCAAGAGCAACCCGUGACAUGGAUUGUACCAUACCAGUUUUGUCAAGAGCCACCAUCUGAUGUUGACUUUCGAGUGAUGCUUACUUUUGUGGAGUUCUACACCACCAUGAUAGGCUUUGUGAAUUUCAAAUUGUUCAACAUGUUGAACUUACACUACCCCCCAAAGCUUGCUGGUGAAUACAAUAAUACAAACAGUGCAGGCUAUUGUGAAGAGUCAGAAUUGGAAGAUGAGGUGCUCUCUGCUCUAAAUCAAAACUUAGCAGUCACAGUACAGGAAGAUGAAGUAGAAGUGGAUGACUUUCCUGUUGAUCCUGAUAGUGAAGAUGCCAAAGCACAGGAAGCUAGCAGGAAAGAGUUUCAAGAAACAGAAAAACUAAAAAACUUAUUUUCAGAUUGCAAGGUGUUUCUUUCCAGAGAGGUUCCAAGAGAGAUUCUUGUAUUUGUCAUCAGGUGUUUUGGAGGUGAAGUUUCUUGGCACAGUACUGAUGCCAUAGGAGCUACUUUUGAUGAAAGCAGUGAAUCAAUAACUCAUCAGAUAGUAGACAGACCAGCUCAGGGACACAGAUAUCUAUCCAGGUAUUACAUCCAGCCCCAGUGGGUGUUUGACUGUGUGAAUCACCACAAGCUCCUCCCUGUCGAAGAUUACUUCCCAGGGGUUGAGCUUCCUCCGCACCUGUCACCGUUUGUUCAAGAGGAAGAAGGUGAUUACGUUCCUCCCGAGAGACAAGCCAUGCUGGAAGAACAGAAACAGGCAGGAAGAGACAGCGAGAUAGAGGAGGAGGAAGAGGAGGAGGAAGGGACGCCAGGUGAAGAACUAAGUAAAGAGGAAAAGAACUUAGCGAUAAUGGCCAUGAAAAAGAAAGACAAACGGCUAUACGACCGUAUUAUGCAUUCCAAGAAGAAAAAGAGAUCAGAGGUAAACUACUUUUUUGGUUUGCUUUGUGUUUUUUUAUUUAAACAAUGUCACGAUAUCUGAGUUACUGUAGUUUAUAACCUACAGUUAAACAUAGGGGAAAAUCACUUUUAUGCCGCGGCUGCAUGACCAGCUAUGUAACUACAUUGUUAUACCCAGGUUGUACAGGUCAUACAGUAGAAGUCUUCUAUGGAAAGCAGCAUGUUUCAGGCGUUCAGUUUCACUAGCGCAUAAGCAUAACAACAUGCGUAUACGCCGAAAGCCGCUAAUAAUUGGAGAUCAAAUGAAGCCGUUUGGUCCGACCAGAAAAUUUCCGGCAAACAAGGAGCACUUUUCAAGGUACUCCAGUUUGACUGAUCCAACCAGUCAGUCGGAAAUUUGCCGUUCCAUUUUGAGAAACCGGUUCGUUGCCCUACUUCU